AUGGGGUAUUUUCUCUCACAACGUGCCCAUGGCCAUAACCGGUCCCUUAAUUACGUCACAUCGGCCGCGCUUCUGGUUGCCCUGAAUUUGUUGUUCUUCGCCCUGGUGAACUCGACCUACGCGCCAUGCCCGCCACCGCCCAAGAGCCCCAAGGGCCCUCCCUCGGGGCCUAAAAGUCCAGCCACUUGCCCUAAAGACACACUCAAACUGGGCUUAUGUGCUGAUUUGUUGGGGGGACUAGUGCACGUUGUCGUCGGAAGCUCAUCGACGACCAAAUGCUGCCAUCUCAUCUCGGGUUUGGCCGAUCUCGAUGCCGCUGUUUGCCUUUGCACUUCGAUCAAGGCCAAUGUGUUGGGGAUUAACCUCAAUGUUCCCGUUUCAUUGUCCCUUCUGCUCAACACCUGUGGGAAGAAACUGCCUGCCGGUUACUUAUGUACUUGUUUUGCUGGUAGGAAAGAAGGCUUCUCGCCUUUUAAUCCUUAA